AUGGUUCUUGGUCAUAAGAUCUCUAAAAGAGGCAUAGAAGUGGACAAGGCGAAGGUGGAAGUAAUCAAAAAGUUGCCCCUACCUUGCAAUGUCAAGGCAAUCAGAAGCUUUUUGGGACAUAUUGGGUUCUAUAGGAUGUUUAUUAAAGAUUUUUCAAAGAUUGCAAAACCCUUAGAAACCUACUUGUCUCAAAUACUCCCUUUGUCUUUGAUAGAGAGUUGUGCUGAUGGAAUCUUGAGAAGGUGCAUUUCCCAUGAGGAAGGACAAGAAGUGCUUUGGCAAUGUCAUGGAUCUACAUAUGGAGGCCAUUUUAGUGGGGAAAGAACCGCAGCCAAGGUGUUACAAUGUGCGUUCUACUGGCCAACCAUUUUCAAUGAUGCAAAGGAAUUGGUGUCAAAAUGUGAUGAAUGUAAAAGAGUUGGGAACCUAUCCAAGAAAAACGAUAUACCACAACAAUUCAUACUAGAACUUAAACUAUUUGAUGUAUGGGGGAUUGACUUCAUGGAUCCAUUUCCCACCUCAUACGUAAAUGAGUACAUUCUAGUGGCAAUGGACUAUGUCUCCAAGUGGGUAGAGGCUAUUGCAACCCCAACAAAUGACAAUAGUGUGGUCAUGAGCUUCCUUAGGAGAAACAUCUUCAGCCGAUUUGGAGUACCUAAAGCCCUCAUUAGUAAUGGAGGGACACACUUCUGUAACAGACCAUUGUAG